UACAGCUAAAUUGUCAUCUAAAAAAAUGACAUUUGAACAUAAAGUUGCUAUGCUUGAUAACUAAAGCUGCGAUCCUCAUGCCACUAAACUCAUCAAGGGACACCACACGCGCACGCUCAAGACUAUCACCUUCGUUUUUCGUCCAUCCAUCUUCAAAACAGAUACUAAUAACGAAAAAAAAUAACUAAAGACUCGGUGCGCUUUUUCGCGUCAAACAACGUGCGGUUUACCAAGAGAUGGUGAUGCCAUCCACUGCAAAAACCAGGGGACGUGCAACUUGUUUCUCCAACGGGGAUGUCAUGCCAUCACUCCAACCAAACAAAAUCAAACCGUGGUACGUCGCAAAGUCCACCGAAAGUGCCGCCUCCAGUUUCACUGCAAGCCGAAGAAAAACCCAUUCCCCUUUUGGAACACUCGUGCGACGCGGCUCCGUGGUACCGGGCCGGGGGUGCCGCUGCUGCAGGCUGCAGUGGACAUCUCCCAUUGUUUAGUCGGCAUCUCCCGUUGUUUUGGCAGCGGCGCCGAACCCGCCCUCCCAAAACCAUGGGCGCCCACCCAACCUAUAAAACACAGAUCAUCAUCAUCAUCCUCACCAAUUCACCAUCGCACACCAAUAUUCCAAAGAAGCAAAGAAGAUCAUCGAUCGACCGACCCAUCUCCAACAACUCCGGCGCCGACCGAUCUCCAAAGGAGGGAGGAAGAAGAGGAGGAGGAGGAUGCGGAUGAGCUGCAACGGGUGCCGGGUGCUGCGGAAGGGGUGCGGCGAGGGCUGCACCAUCCGGCCCUGCCUGGAGUGGAUCCGGAGCCCCGACGCGCAGGCCAACGCCACCGUCUUCCUCGCCAAGUUCUACGGCCGCGCCGGGCUGCUCAACCUCCUCGCCGCCGUCCCCGACGCCGGCCUCCGCCCGCCGCUCUUCCGCUCGCUGCUCUACGAGGCGUGCGGCCGUAUGGUCAACCCCGUCUACGGCUCCGUCGGCCUGCUCUGGUCCGCCCAGUGGGAGGCCUGCCAGGCCGCCGUCGAGGCCGUGCUCAAGGGCCGCCCCAUCGUCCGGGUCUCCUCCGACGCCCCCCUCGCGCCGUGCGACAUCCGCCACGUCGCCAAGCCCGACCGCCCUGCCGCGGCCGGCACGCUCCCCGGCGUCUCGCGCGCCGGCCGCACCAGGUUCAAGCGCGCGUCCUCCUCCACGGCCAAGACCAAGAGCAGCUUCUCCGACGCCAACAAGCACGACGAUGGGCUCGACCAAGCGCCGAGCCACGAGGAGUCGGCCGGCAGCCACGUCGAAGACGGCGGCAUGGCAGUCGAGCAGGCGAGGGAAGAAGAGUCGUCCGAGGGCACGGAGGUCGACGCGGGCUCGCACGUGAGCCAAGCAGAGCACAGCCCCGCGCCGCCGGUGGCCAAGGACGAGGAGGCACAUGGCGACGAAAUCGGGCUGGAGCUGACGUUGGGGAUCCAGACGGUCGCACCGCGGCUGGUGGUGAGGUCGCCGCCGGCAUGCUUCGGCGCCAGCAGCUCGAACGCCCAGUCCAGCCACAUCGGCCUGCUGCUUGAGCUGCCGGUGUCAUAGAGACGCGGCCGGCGGCAGCGCCGUCCUUCAUACUAGCUGAGAUAUAGAGUCAUAAGUUUUGGGAUCGUGUCGAUGUCGUGCUCCUUCGGUGGUUUUCGUUUCUCUUUCCCCAUUUUAGAAUAGAGAAGAAUGAAGAUAGCAGUAGAAUCUUGUACCAUGUACAUCUGCUAAGUGCCUUGUUAUCAGGGCCUCUCUAGAUACAUCUCAUCCCCCCUGUUUCUUAUACUCUAGAGCAAUUUGAAUGAAGCGACCCAUUUCGUCCA